AGUAAACGACAAACCGGCUGCAAUGGAUGUCGACACGGGUGGGCGGAACUCGCGCUCACGCUCUGCCUCGGCGGAGUCUGACUCGAAAAUGUCCCACGACGGGUCGAAGCGCAGCUCGAGAUCGCGGUCGCGUUCCAAGUCGAGCUCAGCGUCGCGUGGCUCGUCGCCGGCCAAGUCGCGCUCUGCCAGCCGCAGUCGUUCGCGCAGCGGCUCGCCGGCCAAGUCCCGCUCCCGCUCCCGAUCCCGGUCCGGCAGCGGUUCGCCCGCCCACUCCCGCUCCCGCUCCGGUUCUCGGUCCCGCAGCGGUUCCCCGCCCAAGUCCCGCAGCGGUUCCCCGCCCAAGUCCCGCAGCGAUUCCCCGCCCAAGUCCCGCAGCGUUUCCCCGCCCAAGUCCCGCUCGCGGUCGCGUUCGCGUAGCGGGUCGCCGCACGACUCCAAAUCCCCUGCCAAGUCUUGCUCACGGUCGCGUAGCGGUUCACCGGCGAAGUCGCGCUCGCGAUCUCGCAGCGGUUCACCGCACAAUUCCUCCAAGUCUCCCGCCAAAUCCCACUCGCGAUCGCGCAGCGGUUCACCGCACAACUCGUCGAAAUCCCCUGCGAAGUCGCGCAGCAGAUCGCACAGCAACUCGCAGAGCAAGUCGCCUCCGCCCAACACUGCAGACGUGGAGGGCGCGGGUGACGCCCCUUUUGCCCGCGACGGAUCCAGGUCUCCUUCUAGUGAGUAUCGCACGUUUCUGCCGCAUUAGUUGUGGCAAUGACAA